AUGAGCGCCGAUUCGGUCGCCGACUUCCUUGCCGACCAGCGAGAUGAAGCUCCGGAGGAGCUCCAGCCGCUUAUUCUCAAGUUUGAGGAUUACUGGGAAAGGAAAUUAUGGCAUCAGCUUACCGAGGCCUCCCUUGAGUUCUUCGACCAUCCUAUAAGCCGCCCAGCAAGGCUCCAUUUCUACAAGGUCUUUGUCGCCAAGUUUGCCGAUAAGAUCAACCAGCUCAAGCUGGUAGACAUAGCCCUCAAGGCCGCCACAGCUGCUAAAGAUCCGAAAGAGCGACUACAGUUCCUUGAGGCAGUUGCGAAGAAGGUCGACCAUGAAGACUCGCAAGACGCCUACGUCUUUGCUCUGAUCGCGGUGGCGAGGGUGAAGCUGGAUCUCAAAGACCCUGAGGGUACACGGAAAGACCUCGACAAGGCCGAGAGGAUACUGGACAGUUUUGACAGCGUCGAGACUGUCGUCAGCGCUGCCUUCUACAGCGCACAGGCCGACUACUACCAGGCUCAGGCCGAUUUUGCAUCAUACUACCGUAAUGCCCUCCUAUACCUGGCCUGCAUCGACGUCUCUGCCCUGACGCCAGAGGAGCGUCGCUCGCGGGCCUACGACUUGGCCAUCGCCGCCCUAGCCUCCAACUCCAUUUACAACUUUGGUGAGCUCCUGCUGCACCCCAUCCUGGACGCCCUGACCCUGAGCGACAAGGAUUCGUGGCUACGGGAGCUUCUCUUCGCCUUCAACCGCGGCGACCUGGCCGCCUACGAUGUUCUCUCGGGCCACGUCGGCUCGAACCCGCUCCUGGCCAAGCACCGCGGCCAGCUGAGGCAAAAGAUCUACCUGGCGGCCCUGACCGAGGCUGUCUUCCGCCGCCCGCCCCACGACCGCGCCAUGACCUUCCAGACAAUUGCGCGCGAGACCAAGGUGCAGCCUGACGAGAUCGAGCACCUCGUCAUGAAGGCCCUCAGUCUGGGUCUCCUGCGCGGCAACAUCGACCAGGUCGACGAGGUCGCGCACAUCAACUGGGUCCAGCCCAAGGUCCUCGACAUGAAGCAGAUCGACAACAUGCGUCUGCGCCUGAAGGAUUGGGACUCGAGCGUUAACCAGCUCGGCAACUGGAUCGAGGGCGUGGGCCAGGAUGUUUGGGCUGUUUGA